AUGGGUGAGGCUUGGAUGGAGGGCAGAGCAUAUUGGAUCAUCUGUGGAGCGUUGGGCCCUAUGCCACGUGACAGGUUGGCUCUUGCUUUUGUCAGUCCCGCCUCAUCCCCAGCUCUGAAGGCUUCAUUCCUUGCCUUCAACAGCUUGUGGACAUCUCCUGUCAACCACGGCUUCUGGAAGUUGGUGCCGCGCCGACGCAACACAUGUCCCAGUCCCCAGGACAUCAACAGAGCCCUGAGGGGGGCCCCGUCAGCCCCCAGCGCCAGCGCGGCAAGCCUGGAUGACCUCAUACUACGCUGCCUGGGCUACUUUGAUUCGGAAGGGAAACUGUGCAGCCCCCGAGGGUCCCAGAUGGUCCACAUGACACUGAUGAUGCACAGCUGGGUUGUCCCGUCGCAGACCUUUGCCCAGAAGCUCCUCACCUUGUACAAGGACUGCCCUCCCGACAAGAGAGGCCUGAGGCGGGGUCAAGUGUGUCACCUGGUCAGGACCUGGAUCGGCCAGUUCCCCGCCGUGUUCGAGGCCGACCCCCUUCUGGAGCAGACCAUGGGGGACCUGUGGUCGUUGGUGCGCUCGGACGGGGAAGAGGCGCAGAUCAUUGACCCGUCCUGCGUAAGUCUUAACGUGGACGUGUCGCAGGCCCCUUCGCCAUGCGUGAAGAAGAGGAAAGUGUCGCUCAUCUUCGACCACAUGGAAGCCGACGAGAUGGCCGAGCACCUCAGCUACCUGGAGUUCAAGAACUUUUGCAACAUUUCGUUUCUGGACUACCGCAGCUACGUGGUGCGAGGAUCGGUGCGGGACAACCCGGCGCUGGAGCGCUCGGUGAUGAUGUGCAACGGCGUGUCCCAGUGGGUCCAGCUUAUGAUCCUCAACAGGCACACGGCUCAGCAGAGGGCACAGGUUUUCACCAAGUUCAUCCACGUGGCUCAGAAACUGCGAGCUUUGCAGAACUUCAACACGCUGAUGGCCGUCACUGGAGGUCUCUGUCACAGCGCCAUCUCCCGCCUCAAAGACACGUACAACCUGCUGCCUCCUGAUGUCACCAAGGCUUUGAGCGAGAUGACCGAGUUGCUGUCGUCUCACAGCAACUACAGCAACUACCGCCGCCUGUACAGAGAAUGCUCUGGCUUUAAGGUGCCCAUCCUCGGCGUGCACCUUAAGGACCUGAUCGUUCUCAACGAGCUGCUGCCCGACUUUGUGGACGGGGACAAGAUCAACCUCAGCAAAAUGCAGCAACUCCACAGCAACAUCAACGAGCUCCUGGUGCUGCACUCUCUCACGCCGCCGUUCGAGGCUAACAAAGAUCUCUUGCAUCUUUUGACGCUUUCUUUAGAUCUCUACCACACCGAGGACCAGAUCUAUGAACUGUCCUACACCAAGGAACCCAAGAACCCCAAAAUUCAGCCCGUAACUCCAGUUAAACCGCCUGUGGUGGCAGAGUGGGGUUCCGGGGUAACCCCCCGCCUUGACCCCGACACCAUUUCCAAACAUGUCAAACAAAUGGUGGAUUCCAUAAUGAAGAACUACGACUACAAGCAGGACGGCUUCAUCCCGUUGGAGGACUUUGAGAAAAUUGCAGCUAACUUCCCUUUCUCCUUCUGUACGCAGCAAACUGACAGGCAAGGUCAAAUAAGCCGCGAGGAGAUGACGUCGUACUUCGUGCGCGGGAUGUCGGUCUGCGCCAAGCUAGGCUACAACUUCAACGAAGCGCACAACUUCCACGAGACGACCUACAAAAAGCCCACAGUCUGCGACACGUGCGGCGGUUAUCUCUGUGGAGUCAUCAAACAAGGCUACCACUGCAAAGGUUGCGGGAUGAACUGCCAUAGACACUGCCGUGAUCUGGUGGGAAUCGAGUGCUUGAAGAAACACAAAAACACUGGCGGUUCCUGCCCGUGCACCCCCGCCCCAGACUCCAGAACCAAGGGGAGUGUGCCGAGUUCCGAAGAAGAGGCAUUUUUCUUCUCCCACGGCAACGAUUCGGAACCCUACAAGAGCGCCCCCUUCAGGAAAAGCGUAGACACCUCGGGUGCGUGGAACCGCUCCAAACAGACGGAUCCCGGACUGUGGACACCUCAGGAGAAGGAGCGAAGGAUGUACAACCACAGCAUUCCCGGCAAGGCCAACACGUUGCCCCCCCCCAGGAGUCGUGGGUGCUCCAUGCCCGUCUCAUUCCUGCCUGAAAAGCUGGAGGAGCUUUGCCUCAGUAAGGAAAAGAACCGGGAGCCCGAUUGA